AACACAACCCUCGGUCUUCUUCAGAUCAUUCGGCCGACGAGACACAGGGGAGUAGCUGGUUGAGCAUUCUCUGGAACUUAGAGAGAGAGAGAGAGAGAUUUUAGAGAGAGAGAGAGGGAGAUUUCAGAGAGAGAGAGAGAUGGGUAGCGAUAAUGAAACAGAGAAGAGUGCGAAGGAGAGGAAAAAGGUCAUUGCUUUAGCCCCCAUUGCCAAGCCUUUAGCAGGAAAGAAGCUUUGUAAGAGAACCCUCAAGCUUGUCAGACGUGCUUCUGAGUCGAAGUGUUUGAGGAGGGGGGUGAAGGAAGUAGUGAAGAGCAUCAGACGUGGUAACAAAGGGUUCGUGAUUGCCUCUUCUUCUACUCAGCUGUGCGUUAUUGCAGGGAAUAUAUCUCCAAUUGAUGUGAUCACCCAUGUCCCAAUUCUAUGCGAAGAGUCAGAUAUCCCAUACAUAUAUGUGCCAACAAAAGAGGAACUUGCCAAUGCAGGGAGCACUAAAAGGCCCACAUGCUGUGUAUUGGUACUAACCAAGCCUCCAAAAGGGGAGAUGAACCACGAAGAUCAGGAAAAGUUGCAGGCAGAUUAUAACCAAGUAGUAAAAGAUGUGAAUGAGUUGACAUCAUCUCUCUUCUAAGGAGCACACCCUCUCUCUCUCUCUCACACACACACAUACACACUCUCUCUCUCCAACACUUCUUUAUUGUCAUGUUACAAAGGAUUUUGAACCGGCUCUCCCCAACUUUUAUGGAAUAUACAAUAUUGUCCAGUGUGAUAGAUCGGUGUUAUUCCCAACUAUUUUAUGUUGAACCUCUAUAGCAUAGGCUUUCUUGUGAUGGUUAUUACUUUAUGCCCCAAAUCAAUGGAUUUUGUUUGGCCCUUUCU